UCGGGUUCGUUUAUCAAUGAAAGUGAAAGUAGAAGCAUGGAAGACGUGAAUAACGUGUUGGAUAUCGCAAAAGACGACAAUCUUUACGGUGAAGUCAUCACUUUAGCGGACUCUACUGCCGACGGAACGUUUCUAAUUCAUCAUUUUCUGUCGUUCUUUCUAGGCAAUAAUCGCCCAGUAUGUUUUGUGUCGCUGUCGCAGUCAUUUGGUCACCACAAAUCAGUGUGUCAGAAACUUGGCGUUAGCUUAACUCAGAAAAUUGAAUCGUCACAUCUGAACUUUUUCGAUGGUCUCAAAGUGUUUGGAAACAGGUUUCUUGAUACUCAACCUGAGAAUGUUGGCAUUUCAAAUACCACUUCUUUGCAAGGAUUUUAUAAGGCCAUUAAAACUAACUACGAAGAUCUUCAAGACAAGAAUAAGGCACCGCCAGUUGUCAUCGUUGACAGCUUGAACGUUUUGCUUAACAUUGGGUACCAAGUAAAAGAAAUUAGUGCUUUUGUACAAUAUCUUUGUCACCUUAUUUCUGGGCCAGGUUGUGAUGCAAGAGGGACACUUAUUACAUUUUUGAGCAUAGGGGAGAAUGGUUUGGAUGAAGAGGCAAGCUUACUUUGGAGAAGUGUUGUACAUAUGAGCAAUAUGGAUGUUCUUGUGUCUGGUUUAGAAAGUGGCUACUGCAAAGAUGUUCAUGGAAAGAUUGAAGUAAAAAGAAGAAAUCUUUUGAAAAAGAAUUCUCAAAAGACAAUGCAAUUCAAAGUAAAUGAUAAAUCCGUCAAUUUUUUUGCCUCAGGAAUGUCAAGAGCUGUGCUCAGAUAAAAUGGAAAAUGAAUAGAUUAAAAAUAAAAUGAAAUGUAAUAAUGCAUUUUA